CCAUGAUCACUCUAUUCAAUCUUGAAAUCUCGUACGAUACGGUCGUGUCCUUUGGGUACAGAAACCUCCAUAUCCAGUCCAUCCAUCGAAUUAUUAUAAAUCAUCAACCAUGCCACCAAAAGCGAGCGGAAAAGCCAUGAAGAAAGCCGGCAAAGCUCAGAAGAAUAUAACAAAAAACGAUAAAAAGAAGAAACGAAAGAGAAAGGAGAGUUAUGCCAUUUACAUCUACAAAGUAUUGAAACAAGUACAUCCGGACACUGGAGUGUCGAGCAAAGCCAUGAGUAUCAUGAACAGUUUUGUCAACGAUAUUUUUGAGAGGAUCGCUGCCGAAGCAUCGAGGCUCGCUCAUUAUAACAAACGUUCGACCAUUACGUCCCGGGAGAUUCAGACUGCCGUCAGACUCUUAUUACCCGGUGAACUGGCUAAACACGCUGUCAGUGAAGGAACCAAAGCUGUCACGAAAUACACGAGCUCCAAGUAAACGUCAUCAAUAAUCAUUCAUUUAUACUGUGUGUCUAAAUAAUGCUGAAAAAGGUCCUUUUGAGGACGGCAAAUUGUUCACGAUGUUGCAAACUCAAACCGCAAUAAAACUUUACGGAAGGCAAAAUA